CGUGCUCGCUGUUUAUGUUUUAGCACAUAAAUUGAUUGUAAACAAACGAUAUUUAAGGGAAAUAUUUACCAAUUAUUCCUCAAUACGCGAUUAAUAACAGACAAAGAUUCAAAGUUAUUGGAAUAUUUGAUCAUUUUCUGCAUUUUUAUCAUCGAUCACUUUCAUGAAGUGGCUAAAUGGAGAGCGAAAGUGAGAACACUGUUCAGACAGCCCUGGAGAAAUUUCUAAGGAGACACUCAUUGCAUGACCACAUAAGUGACAUUGAUGAAAUUGUGUUGAGUUAUAUAAUCAGUAUCCUAGAGGAUCUUGGAGAUGAUGGAAACGCUGAGGAAAACAUUGACGUGGAUCAGUUUAUAGAAAUGAUGGAUGCUUACAUUCCUGGCUUUGCAACAAUCGAAAGUGUAAAGGUGUGUGAAUGGAUGUUCGAAUUGGCCUCAACAUUGUCGAGAUCACAAGAUAGUAAAUCAAAAGAGCCGACCACUCCAACAUUGAACACAGAAUUAGUGGCAGAGGCUUGUAAACUCCCUCACAAUGUCAGUUCCAAAACAAGGCUAGAUUCAGUGGGAGAAAAUGAAAGAACUAGUUCUGAGUCCUCCGGCGAUGAUGUUGACGAACAGUUACAACAAUUGAUCGAAAUGUUUCCCAGUACUGUAAGACUGGAAUUAGAACAUUGUUUACACAGUGCCGAGGGUGAUAUAGAGACAGCUGUACAGAUUGUGUUGCAUAGACAAGACACUGGUUCAGCUAUCACAGAGGAUAAAAAGCCCAAGGAAAAGAAGAUACGAGGGCACAGUAUAUUAGAUGACAAGAAAAUGAAGGACCAGAUGAUGGAGAGAUAUGCCUUCAUUGAUGUUAACGAGGAUAAAAAACAGUACAAACCAGCAGCACCAAAAUCUGAACCUAAAAAGAUGAUCCGUUACCUUGACAACCAGGUUGUGAACACUAAAGGACAAAAAUUUACAGAGAUAAAGAAAGAUGACGGUGAAGAGAUGAAAAAAACUUUUAUCAACCUCAAACCAGCAAGAAAAUACAGAUUCCAUUAAAUGUGUGUUUAUUCCAAGGAGAUUUGUUUUUUCAUGUAAUAGAUUAAGGUGGGAAAAUUCAUUGUAUGUUUUAAUUUUUUAUGACUUGUUUUAUGUGGGAUUUUCAUCUCCCUCUAAGUAUAGAAUCAUGGACCUGUGACUUAAGCAUUGACUUUGAAGGGAUAUUCAGGCAAAAUAAUGACAAAAAUAUUAAAAUGAUCUUAUGUACUCAAAUCACGCUAAAAUGACUUUUCUUGAAGUUUCAGCAUGAAUUUCUGUUUAAAUUCUAUAUAGCGUUAAUAUAUCUAUAUAUGUUAAACAAAAUUUAGACGCCAAUAGAAUCACAAAAUAGUUUUAAAACAAGUCAGGUGACUUGAACAAACCCUCGAAGUUACAAUACUGU